AGGAUCUGUAUUUUUAUCGCCCAAAUUCUCAGAUUCACUUUCAUCUUCUCCGUUUUGCUCCAUAAUCAAAAUUGUUUGAUUACACUAUCGGUUUCACCCACACAAUUUCGAUUAAUAGUUCAGAUUCCCAAUUUUUUGAAUUUUUUUUUGAUUUUUUUGGGGUAAUGAACUUCUUGUAGGAGGAGAACUCUCUGGAAUAUAUUCCUAUGAAAUGGCAUUGAAGAGGGGAUUAUCUGGUAGGAACAGUGGAAAUGUAUCUUGUUACUCAAUUGUGGUUCUUGUCUUCUGUUCAUUCCUUGCUCCAUUGAUUUUCUUCGUGGGCCGUGGCGUGUACACCUCUACUUCAAUUGAUAAUAAUGAUUUUUCAACUACAACAAGUAAACAGGUAUCCAGCUUUGUUAAAGAAAAAAUAUUGGCCAAGAGCAAUACUAAUAAUGCAGAGGGAAACAAGUGGACUCAGAUAGCUGCAAAUGUCAGAACUGAGAUCUCCAGAGGCAAACAAGAUGAUCUUGUAGAUGAUGAUCAUUCCCAGUUUCAUACACCUGCUAUUUUGGCCAGAAGGCAAUUGAGAGAGAGGAGACAUGAAAAGCGUGCUGCUGCUUUAGUGAAGCAGGAUGAUGAAGUAACUGUGAAGCUUGAAAAUGCUGCCCUUGAACGCUCUAAGUCAGUUGACUCUGCUGUGCUGGGGAAGUAUAGCAUAUGGAGGAAAGAGAAUGAAAAUGAGAAUACUGAUUCAAAGGUACACUUGAUGCGAGACCAAAUGAUUAUGGCAAGGGUCUAUAUAAGCAUUGCAACAAUGAAGAAGAAUCCCGGCUUGGCUCAAGAGUUACAGAAGCAGCUUAAAGAAAGUCAACGUGCGUUAGGUGAAGCAAUGUAUGAUGCUGAUCUAACUCGCAGUGCACAUGAGAAGAUUAAAUCAAUGGACCAAGUGCUUUCCAAAGCUAAAGAGCAACUCUAUGACUGCAAUCUUGUCACGGGGAAGCUGAGAGCAAUACUGCAGUCUGCGGAUGAGCAAGUUAGAAGUUUAAAAAGGCAGAGCACAUUUUUGAGCCAAUUAGCUGCAAAGACCAUUCCAAAUGGUAUCCACUGCUUAUCCAUGCGUCUGGCUAUUGAUUAUUACCUCCUCCCUCCUGAAAAAAGAAAGUUCCCUAGAAGUGAGAAUCUGGAAAAUCCCAGUCUUUUCCAUUAUGCCCUGUUCUCUGACAAUGUUUUGGCUGCUUCAGUUGUUGUCAACUCAACUAUCAUGAAUGCUAAGGAACCAGCAAAACAUGUAUUUCAUCUUGUCACUGAUAAGUUGAACUUUGGAGCUAUGAAUAUGUGGUUCUUGUUGAACCCUCCUGGAAAAGCUACAAUCCAUGUUGAAAAUGUUGACGAGUUCAAGUGGCUUAAUUCGUCAUACUGUCCUGUCCUGCGGCAGCUAGAGUCUGCUGCUAUGAAGGAAUAUUAUUUCAAGGGUUCACAUUCCACCACACUAUCAGCUGGUUCUUCUAAUUUGAAGUAUCGGAACCCCAAAUAUCUUUCAAUGCUCAAUCACCUUAGAUUUUAUCUCCCUCAGAUUUAUCCCAAAUUGGAUAAAAUCCUUUUUCUUGAUGACGAUAUUGUUGUUCAGAAAGACUUGACAGGACUGUGGUCGGUGAAUCUUCAUGAAAAAGUGAAUGGUGCUGUUGAAACAUGUGGUGAGAGUUUUCACCGUUUUGACAAGUAUCUAAAUUUCUCAAAUCCUCAUAUUGCCAAAAACUUUGACCCAAAUGCUUGUGGGUGGGCAUAUGGGAUGAACAUUUUUUAUCUUAAGGAGUGGAAGAAGAGAGACAUAACUGGCAUAUAUCACAAGUGGCAAAACAUGAAUGAAGACAGGGUCCUUUGGAAACUAGGGACACUACCUCCAGGGCUAAUGACAUUUUACGGGCUUACACAUCCACUGGAUAAGUCGUGGCAUGUUCUAGGUUUGGGUUACAGCCCAAGCAUUGAUGGGUCAGAAAUUGAGAAUGCUGCCGUGAUACACUACAAUGGGAACAUGAAACCAUGGCUAGAGUUGGCAAUGACAAAGUACAAGUCAUACUGGACCAAAUACAUUAAGUUUGAUCAUCCAUACAUUCGUGCCUGCAAACUUGGUGAAUGAAGGAGGGAUGAAUUUUAAAGGUGCAGUUUGGUGUGGUGUCUGCUCUGCACGCGCAGUCACAUUUCCAUGAUCUUCUAAUGACAGAAGAGCUCCCAUAUACAGCACUAUUCUCUUGUCUCCAGUAUGCAACAUCCCCUGAAUUGUUUAUUCUUUGCUGUGUUCACUUAUAUUCAUUGUUCGAUUCUGAUGUCUGCUGCCUUUUUCACCAGUAGCAGACCUUUUCGGCAUGGAGACUUAUAACUAGGGUGAAGGAAAGUUUGUAAUGUCCUGAAUCACAGUAUAUUCUUUGAACAAUAAAUAGUCUCUAUUGUUUGAAUUGAAUCAAAGUGGUUUUUGCAAGUCUAAGCACUUGGGAAAACUUGUAUUUCACAUUUCUGCAGUUGAAGAAAUACAAUUUCUCUUAUAU